UUACAAUCAAGUACAUAGUUAAUUUAGUAUUAUUUGAGACUCCAUUGGAAGCCAAGAAGAGCAAGCUUCUAUUAUGAACGCACACGCAAGUGAGUACGAGUUACAAAGAUUAAAGAAUAUCAAUGAGAACAAGAAAAUACUUGAAAGUCUGGGGCUUGACAAGUUUGAGUCUUUCACUCCAAGACCAAUAAUAAAGAGGCCAUUACAGACUAAGGGUGUGAAGAGGAAGAGAGAACAGGCAAAAGAUAAAGGUUCAAAAGCUGAUGAGGAAUUCAGUUUUGUGGAUAAAGAUAUCAGAUAUCGACUCAGAUCAUCACGCAGAAUUAGAGGACAGGAACCAAGCAAUCAGGACUUAAAGAAUUACAGUUUUGAUGAUAGUGAUUAUGAUACCCAGGAAUACAGGAAGCCUUUAAGAGUACCAAAAAAUAGAGAAAAUGUCUUUGGAGAGAUUCCAGGUUGUCCUGUGGGAACCUCCUGGGAUUCAAGACUCGCUUGCUGUAUUGAUGGUGUACAUCGGCCAACAGUAGCUGGUAUUCAUGGGAGCGAUGAAGGAUGCUACUCUCUUGCUCUGUCUGGGGGAUAUGAAGAUGACCUUGACUAUGGAGUCUGUUUUACAUACACUGGAGAAGGUGGAAGAGAUUUGAAAGGCACAAAAGCUAAUCCAAAGAACUUGCGUACUGCUCCUCAAUCCAAAGAUCAGUGUCUGUCCAGAGGAAAUUUAGCAUUAAGCAGGAGUGUUGAAAGUGGGAAACCUGUGCGUGUUAUCAGAGGAUACAAGCUAAACAGCCUCUAUGCUCCAGAAGAAGGAUACAGAUAUGAUGGACUUUACCGAGUUGUUAAAUAUUGGCAAGCCUGUGGAUUAAGCGGCUUUAUGGUUUAUAAAUUUGCCCUUAAAAGAUGCGAAGGACAAGCCCCGCCUCCUUGGGAACAAACAAGUGAAGACUCCGGAUCAGACAUCAGUGACUCUAUAAAUGGCUCUAUUAACUGAGCUUUUGGUUAUCUUUAACUUAUAUUUAGGAAGUUUUUUUUAGUCAGUGGAGAUGUUCAAAAUUUACUCUUUUUAUACGCUUUCAAUAUUUCUAAAUAUCCAGGAUUUAUCGUUGACAUGCCAGUAAAUGGA